AUGACAUCCUCGUCAAUGAGAACACCUGCAAUAAUGACAGCUCUAACAAAUCUCUGGCGAAGGCAUUGCCUACUCUCUUCUUCACUACUCAUCGCGUUACUGAUCUUCUCCCUCUCUCCACACACAUGUCACGCCGACGGCCUGCAACACAUGGGCGAUAAUGGUGGUGGUGCCGGCGGCGUCGGCGGUGGAGUUGGUGGCCUUGGCAAUAUGGGCAUGGGCGGGCUACAUUCAAUGGAAGUCAGCCCGGCGCCUGGUUUUGGACUUCCCGCAAUACCCAAAGAUCCCAAUUCAAGAUGUGAAGAAAUCACCAUACCCAUGUGCAGGGGAAUUGGUUACAACAUGACCUCUUUCCCCAAUGAAAUGAAUCAUGAAACACAGGAUGAAGCUGGCCUGGAGGUCCAUCAAUUUUGGCCAUUGGUGGAAAUUAGAUGUUCAGCGGAUUUAAAGUUUUUCCUGUGCUCUAUGUAUACACCCAUCUGUUUGGAGGAUUAUCACAAGCCAUUGCCAGUGUGUCGUUCGGUUUGCGAACGUGCCCGAGCAGGAUGUGCCCCCAUUAUGCAGCAAUAUAGCUUUGAGUGGCCAGAACGUAUGGCCUGCGAACGUUUACCCUUUCAUGGUGAUCCAGAAAAUCUUUGUAUGGAACAGCCUUCAUAUACGGAUUCCAGUUCUUCGGGUGGUUCCGGUGGAGCGGGUGGCUCUUCCUCAUCUGGCUCGGGUCGUGGAGAUGGUUCAAGCGGUGGUGCUGGUGGCUCAAUGUCCGGUGGUGGUGGCGGCGGCAGCGGCGGCAAACGUGGCAAACAAUCAGGCAGCUCCUCCGGUUCCCAAAAAUGCAAAGGAAAAAAUUCAAAAAACUGCCAAAGCUCCCUAGGAGAAAAAACAAACGCAAAGGAAUGCACAUGCUCAUGUCGCCCACCACUAAUACUCCUGGGGAAGGAAGCCCAAAUGAUGCAACCACCGACAAUGCACUAUCCCUGGUACAUGAACUCGACUGUGUCAAGAAUCGCCGGCGUUCAAAAUUGCGCCAUACCCUGCAAGGGCCCGUUCUUCACAAACGACGAAAAGGAGUUCGCCGGCAUAUGGAUAACCCUGUGGUCGGGUCUGUGCUUCUGCAGCACCCUAAUGACACUGACCACGUUCAUCAUAGACACCGAAAGGUUUAAAUACCCCGAGAGGCCCAUAGUUUUCCUCUCGGCCUGUUACUUCAUGGUAUCGGUUGGGUAUUUGUCAAAGAAUUUCCUGCAGAAUGAGGAGAUUGCCUGUGAUGGCCGUUUGUUGAAGGAGAGUUCAACGGGACCCCACUCCUGUACCCUGGUGUUUUUGAUGACCUAUUUCUUUGGCAUGGCCUCAUCGAUAUGGUGGGUGAUUUUGAGUUUCACCUGGUUCCUGGCUGCUGGUCUGAAAUGGGGUAAUGAGGCCAUUACCAAGCAUUCGCAGUAUUUCCAUUUGGCGGCGUGGUUGAUCCCCACUGUGCAAUCGGUGGCGGUGUUAUUGCUCCCAGCUGUGGAUGGUGACCCCAUUUUGGGUAUCUGCUAUGUUGGCAACCUGAAUCCGGAUCAUCUGAAGACCUUUGUCUUGGCUCCCUUGUUUGUGUAUCUCGUCAUUGGCACCACCUUCCUAAUGGCUGGUUUUGUCUCUCUCUUCCGCAUCAGAUCUGUCAUCAAGCAGCAGGGUGGUGUGGGAGCCGGCGUUAAGGCAGAUAAAUUGGAAAAGCUCAUGAUCCGCAUUGGCAUAUUUUCGGUGUUGUACACCGUCCCGGCCACAAUUGUCAUUGGCUGUUAUUUGUAUGAGGCUGCAUAUUUUGAGGAUUGGAUCAAGGCCCUGGCCUGCCCUUGUGCCCAGAUAAAGGGUCCGGGCAGGAAACCCCUCUACUCUGUACUGAUGUUGAAAUACUUUAUGGCCUUGGCGGUGGGCAUAACAUCCGGCGUAUGGAUAUGGUCUGGCAAGACAUUGGAAAGUUGGCGACGUUUCUGGAGACGUCUGUUUGGCCAGCCGGAUCGCACCGGUGCCAAUCAGGCUCUCAUCAAACAACGCCCACCCAUACCACAUCCCUAUGCUGGCUCUGGCAUGGGUAUGCCAGUAGGAUCCGCGGCCGGAUCACUGCUGGCAACCCCAUACACCCAGGCGGGCGGUGCCUCGGUGGCCUCCACCAGCCAUCACCACUUGCACCAUCAUGUUUUGAAACAGCCUGCCGCCAGUCAUGUAUGACAUGGAGAGUCAGGCGGAGCUUCAACGAUGGGCGGUGGUGGCGGCGGCGGCGGCAGUACAAUUGGCGGCGGUAGCGUGCUGGGUGGUCAUGGUGGUGGUGGCGGCGGUACGCUAAUGAGCACGGCGGGUAAUAGUACAGUUGGCGGCGGCAGUGGCAUGCACGGUGUUGGUGGUGUUGGGGCUCCUCCUGGCAGUUUAAUGCAUGGUAGUGUGGGUGGUGGUGGUGGAAAUGGGGGCGGGGGCAUGAACACGCCCGGCAAUGUCUAUGGCAAUGGGGGCGGUGGCAAUGGUGGCCAGGGUCAGCCCGGUCCCGGCAUGGUCGAUUCGCGGGCCGUAUCUGUGGUGGUCUCACUACCAGGCGGGCCUGGUAAUCAACAUCCGGGCCAGGCCUUAAGCGAUUAUGGUCCUAUAUAGUUAAUGGUACGGCCAGAUACAAAUCACUGGGUAUCCACAAGUAGUUUUAGUCAA